AUGAGCAGAUAUCUCUGGCAAUAUUACCUCGAAGAUGAUGUCGAAAGUUUUCGACAGUUUCUCGAAUCGGCGGGGCGUAAUGCGCGGCACGGCACACAGAGAGCCUUUGGUGGCGAACGCGGAAACGCAGGACCAUCCAUCGUAGGCAGUCCGGAUACCUUAGGGACGUCACCAAUCCUGCUGCCGAAGGCUCGCAAACAACCACCAGCGCCGGCUAGCACAUCUUCGCUGACACGUGCGGACAUCAAUUCAAGAGACCGUAAUGGCCUGACUAUCCUGCACCAUGCUGCAUCAUCCAGUUCGCAUAACAGUGUAGAUUUCGCCGCAGCGCUUCUCGAGCAUCCCCUUGUUGACCUGUAUGCUCAAGAUAUUGAGAAUGGUUGGACUUCUUUACAUCGCGCCUUCUAUUUCGGUAAUAUAGCUAUCGCACGUUCCAUUCUACAUAGAGAUGUACAGGACGCGACUGGCCUUGGCUCUGGCGCCGUCAAUCAACAUGCUGGAGGACUCAUCAAGAUCAAGGACAAGGAGGGCAACGGUCCGCUAGAUCUGUUCGCAACAACAAUCAAGGAUCGGACUUUACGGCCAACUGAACCCGCCCACCAGGACAUGGAGUCCUCCGGUGACUUUGAAGACGACGUUGCUCAAGGAGAUAGUGGCGAUGACGAUGGCGUCUCGCGCAAGAGGCUUGUUCACCCUUCCACGGACCUACAGGCAGACGAGGUGUUCACCUUCGGCAGCAACAGGAAUGUCACGCUUGGCUUCGGAGACGAGGAUGAUCGGCAAUAUCCUGAGCGUAUCACGCUGAGGCGGCCUGAUCACCUCCUGCAGAGGUUCUACCGUGAGCAUAUUGCGUUGCGACAACAGAGUUCUGGCGGCCUGGAUUCAUCAGACUUAUCGACUUCGAGUCGGUCCAAGCCCGUCUCGGCACUACCGUCUAUCAUCCGGAGCACUCCGUUGAUAAUUCAGGACGUCCAAAUGUCGAAGCUCCAUACUGCUGUUCUGACGACUGAUCCGGAAUCCAACCUGUACAUGUGCGGGCACGGACCAGGCGGCCGGCUUGGUACGGGCGAUGAAAACACCCGCUACCAGUUUGUCUGCAUCGAAGGUGGUGCGCUCGCGCGUAAGAAGAUUGUCUCUGUUGCACUCGGCCAGAAUCAUUCGUUGGCGCUCUCGGAUCAAGGUGACACCUUCUCUUGGGGCAAUAAUGGCUUCGGACAACUGGGCUAUAGCCUUCCGCGAACGGGCUUGCGGGACGAAGAUCCGAUCUCCACUCUGCCUCGUCAGAUAUUUGGGCCCCUGAAAAGAGAGAUCGUUAUCGGCGUGGCAGCAUCUAGGAUCCACUCGGUCGCCCAUACAUCGACUUCGCUGUACACUUUCGGCAAGAAUGAAGGCCAACUUGGCAUUAUGGACGCUGAUGCACGGUCACUUGAAGUGCAAGACAUACCGCGCAAAGUCGCUGCGUCCCUAUUUUCUUCCGCUAUUGUCUCGGUUACCGCAAUAGAUCGAGCCACUGUAUGCUUGCUUGAGAAUCAUGAGGUUUGGGUCUUCGCAAACUACGGCUACACCAGGAUCACGUUUCCGCUCGACGGCUUCACGAACUACUUCCUCAAGAACAGUUUCCUCACGACGAAAUACGACACUUCUCCGAAUCAGAUCUGCAAAGUUACAUCAGGUGGAGACACCAUCUGUGCACUCUCGAGCUCUGGUGAGGUCUUUACCGUGGCGGUCAGCAAGCGUCUUGAGGCUGCGCAGGACAGCUCGACCUCUACGACUAACCCAGCCAAGAUACGAGGUGCGCUGUCCCAGCCCCAACGUAUCUGGUCGCUGAAGAAAGGGCACAUGGCCGCUAGAGAUGUCGAUGUAGACCAAGACGGAUCCAUCAUCCUCAGUACCGAGGCAGGCAGUGUUUACAGGAGGGUCAGAAGAGCGAAGAUUAAAGACGCUACAGCCGCGGGUACCGGAGAGUACCGGCCCAAGGACUACAAGUUCUCUAGAAUUGCUGGCCUGACAAGGGUGAUGGCGGUCAGAGCGUCCUCGCACGGCGCUUACGCCGCCGUCCGCAAAGAUUGCGAUGUGCUCAAGACGCAGAUCACCGUUAGUGAACCAACCCUUUGGAAGGAUUUACUGCCGUUGCUGCCUUUUGGCGGACUAGCUUCUAUUGAGGAAGCAUCGGACGAUGACGAGCCGACGCCUAGAUUCUGGCGAAAGCCAUCCGCAAUGGAAAACCUGAAAAAGCGAGUGCUGGCUUCGAAAGAUCUGGAGGCUGUGCUGAAAGAUACCCUUCAACCUGUGAACGAUAACCAUGCCUCAGGCUACGAUAUCGAUCUCUGUACAACCGUAUCGGAUGUACGAAUACCUAUCCAUCAGUUCAUGCUCUCCAGCCGCAGUCGUGUCAUGGGCCAUGCGCUCGAAGAGUACCGGCGGGACGAGUAUUUCGCCAUACCGGACGUCCUCUGCAUUGAGACCAACAAAGAAGGCAGGACAGUCGUUACACUUCAAGGGCUUGAUGUUCUGACAAUGUUUAAUCUGGUGCUGUAUAUGUACACCGACACGAUCGUCGAUUUCUGGCACUACACCCGACAACAUCCGAAACUUGCCUUCCGCUACCGGCAAGUUCGCGUCGAACUGAUGAAGCUGGCUGCAUCAUUACAGAUGCGCCACCUCGAGACUGCUGCACGGCAAAUGGUCGAAGUCACGCCGUCACUUAAUGUGGAUAUGGAGUUGGCAAUCAGAGAGGCCGCCUUCUAUGACGACGGCGACGUUGCAGUGCAACUCGCUGAUGCUGAGAUCAAAGUGCACAGCGUUUUGAUCUGCCAAAGGUGUCCAUUCUUCGAGAGCCUGUUCAAGGGUAGGGCUGGAGGCCGGUGGCUAGCGGACAGACUUGAUGAGCGACGAGAGGCCACAGACACGAUCGAUAUAGACCUUCAGCAUUUGGAGUCGAAUGUCUUUCAGCUGGUCUUGCGUCACAUUUACGCUGACACGGGAGAGGAGCUCUUCGAUGAAAUUGUCGCCGAAGAUCUGGAUGCUUUUCUCGACCUGGUGAUGGAUGUGAUGAGCGUCGCGAACGAACUGAUGCUAGACCGACUAUCUCAGAUUUGCCAGAAGAUCAUUGGUCGCUAUGUAGUGAAUGCUCGCAAUGUAUGCCAACUUCUCAACGCCAUAGCCCCCAGUGCAGUCACCGAAUUUAAGGACGCUGGGCUUGAGUAUUUAUGUCUCAAUCUGGAAGCUGUGCUUCAGAACGGCCUGCUUGACGAGCUCGACGAGGAUCUGCUUUAUGAGCUCGAUGUCGUGGUCCGAGAAAACCAACUAGCCUGCCUGCCUUUUGUCCGCAGCGGACGAGCCGAAGCCGUUCUGCUUGAGAAGUACCCUGAGUUGGCGGAGCGCAUAGACCGAGCAAGGCAAGCCAAGAUCGACUCGAUCGUGCUUCACAACAAGUUCGCCGAGUCAGAUGCUCGCGUGUCCACUUCAUUUCAAGCGCAUAGCCUUGAGGAGCUGGCCAACUCGCCUAUGCAGGCCAAAAGUCGCCGGAAAUCAUCAAAGGAACCCAGGCUCGGUUUGUCAAGCCCUAUCGUGUCGCCAACUCUAAAAGGCAAGAGCUCUGCAGCGGAUCUGAUGUUCGAUAUGGAUGACGAGGGCGAAGGGGAUGCAUCAUCCCCCGCUACUAUUAAACCGAUCUCCACCACAGCGGACACUACUCCAACUGACCAGCUUCCAUCGCUGCCUGCUCCUGCUAUAGGGUCUCCGCCAGACGCAUGGUAUGACAAUAGAGGCAAGCCACUAUCUCCUGCGCAAGGGCAUCCUCUCGGAAGCUUCUCACCGAUGGCGCCGCGAACACCAACGGCAGGCCCAAGUCCGGCUGCGCAAGACAAGACGUCCGCUAGGCCAUGGGGCGCAGCGCCGCUGCAGUCAACCAAACUGGACAUGAAGGACAUCAUGGCACAAACCGCUUCUCCUCAUGCUUCUGGCAUUGCUCUCGGGCUGUCAGCACAAUCCAAGCGAGACGACCGACUGGCGGGAGCUUUCACCACCAAGUUGUCACAGAAGGAGAGAAAGAAGAUGCAACAGACUCAGCAGACUCAGCAGCUGACAAGCCCUGUCACACCGACUGGCGUAGAGCGAGCUCCACCCGAGGUCAAGCCAUCAUCACCGUGGCAGACUGUUUCAUCGGGAUCGAAGAUUGCUCUCCAGGACGUGCUUACGGCUAAGCAGCCGCCAGCAGCUGCUCCUACCCCAUCCCAGAAGCCGGCCCGAAGCGCAACGACCCCUCACCUCACCAUGCGGCAAACCGUCGCCAAUCCUACCAGCACAGGGAGCAAAGAGAAAGAACCCGCACCCACCCCUCAGCUACCUGCAGCAGCUCACCGCACCGUCUCGAGCCCCGCCAACCCCGUCCAACCACCAACACCUCGACCAGCACCAUCCCCACAACAAGCUCGGACCCCCUCAUCCACCAGAGCCAAACCCCGUUCCUCCAAGUCCACCCCUCAGCCUCAACCACAACCAACCCCUCAAUCCACCCCCGGCUUCUCCAUCUCCCAAUCCACAGACCCAAUCCCGCCGAAAAGCAUCCGCCACAUCCCGCUCCCCGGCCCCGCCCACGGCGAAGCGAGCUUGCAGCUCUCGAUGCAGGAGAUCCUGUCGCAGCAAGCGGCGGAGAAGAUCGCCGUCAAAGAUGCGGUGGCGAAGAGGAGCCUGCAGGAUAUACAGCAGGAGCAGCAGUUUCUGGAGUGGUGGGAGAAGGAGCGGGAGAGGGAGCUGGAACGGGAGCGGGAGGAGGAGGAGAAGGCGGCUAGGACGGCGGCGAGGGCUGCAAGGGGUGGUAAGAGUGGGAGAGGUGGGAGGGGGAAGGGUGGAAGGGGGAGAGGCGGAGGUGUAGGCGGAGAAGGCGGUAAUGCAGAUCAAGAGAAGGCGAAUGCUCCCAGCCAAGCUGUGCCUAUAGGACCAGCAAAAGGCCGUGCUAGUGCCGAGCGCGGCGGGAGAGGCGAUCAUCGUGGCGGUAGGGGUAGAGCAAGGGGAGGGGCUGCUUCCGCUAGUAUUAGGGGCGGCGGGCCCGAGGCGUGA